AUGGACGAAGAUCCGGAUUGGGAGAUGAUGGGCUUCUGUCCGCAGGGCAAGGACCCUGGAUUCGGAGAGUUCGUGGGGAAGGUCAGCAAAGUGUUACCGGUUGGCUGUGCCUUCAUCGAGUGCCAAGAGAUCAAGGAUUUGUAUGAUCAAGAUGCCUACGUGCACAGCUCGGUCAUGCAUCAAUGUGGUCUACAGUUGGGCGAUGAGAUUUGCUUCAACGUCCACGUGAAUGCAACUGGACGGCCGCAGGUGUCAGCCCCCUGCUGGAAGCGAAAACGUGGCUGGAAACGGCCAUGGACGGAGAUGCAGGCAGAGGCCCAGGACGUUUCCGCUGCACCUCAAGGCAAGUUCGGAGGAAAAAGCGUUGCCAAAGGAAGCAACGGCUCUUGGAAACCACCUGCAGAGGAGGUGCCGAAGGUCAGUCGUGUCCAAAUCCCCUGGGGCAGUUCUAGAGCUGAACCUGGCAAAGGAAAGGGACUUGGCAAGAGCCCUGGCAGCACCGUUGACAGCGGUGCGGACACAGGUGAAUUCCUGAUUGGAACGAUCAAGAUCGCAGAUCCCGCGCGUGGAUUUAGCAUGAUCUCCUGCCCAGACUCCGGGUUCGAAGCAGACGUCUACAUCCACAGUGCAAUUGCAAGACCAGAGAACUUUGCCGUCCGUGAUGUCGUUGCCUUCACCUUUCACAUGAAUGAGAAGGGGCAGCCUCGAGCAGAUGUGGUUUUUCGAUUGUCUGGUUUCGUGCCUGCCGGAAAGACUGCGACCUUCCCACCGAACGUGGGUACUGUAACGAGAGUGCUCGGCAAUGGCAGCGGCUUUAUCGAUUGCCCUGAAGUCAGCGGCGUCUAUGGCAAAGAUGUCUUUGUGCACGGCAGUGUGGUGGAGCAGUGCGGCAUCCAAACCGGGGAUGUACUCGCCUUUGACGUUCAUGUCAGCAAAGAUGGCAAUCCUCAGGUGUCUGCACCAUGUUGGAUCCAAGCCGCUGCCGGCAACACGCAGGAGCGACGGCAGUCACCUCCAGUUGUUCAGCUGCCAGCAAAGGGGUCUUACUUCUCCCCCUCCGGCAAAGGUCAACAACAUUUCAGUAAGGGGAAAGGCUUCGACGCGGGCGCCGCGGGCCCUAAAGUGACCUUGUCUAAGGGAGGGACCAUGCGGGCGGAAGCACCGACCUCCGGGCCUCCGAAAGGCGCCUCCAGCCCAGUGACCCCAUUCCAGCCCGGUGGCGGUGGGUGCAAGGGCAAGCUUGGCAAGCAAGCCGGCAAGCCCGCACCUAGUCCUGCUGGCAAAGGCAUGAAGGGUAAGAUUCAGUUGCCCCAAGCUUGGAAUGGGCAGCAAGCCCUGGGGGGCGCUCCCAGACCAGGCCCAGGUAGAGAUACAUGGAGUAUGAAGGCUUCUGCCAAUCAUAUUGAUAGCCUUGACAUAGACUGGAUGGCCCCCGACUUCCACGCUGGACGAGUUUCGCUGAUAGACUUAGAGAAAUUCGUCAGCUUGGUAAGAUGUCCAGCAUCAGGCUUUUCACGAGAUGUCUACGUGCAUCAGUCCGUUGCAGACCCAAGCGCACUGAGCCUGAAUGACGUGGUCUGCUUCAAGGUUCACAUGAACAGCAAGGGCUUGCCUCAGGCAUCGGCCCCCUUCUGGAAGCGAGUCGGCAUUGAAAGCAGUGAGAGUUUCACUCGCUUCGGUGAGUUCCAGGGCCUCGUCGUGAGGUCUGAGGACGGGCCCAUAUCCAUAGACUGCCCUGAUGUGACCCAGCUGCAUGGACGAGAUGCGGUGAUGCAAGAGGAAUCUGCCGAUCUGUGCCAGCUGGUUGAAGGAAACUUGAUCUGCUUCGAUGUGUCAGUGAACCAGGGCGGCGACCCCGAGGUCAUCCCACCCUGUUGGAUCUGCUGCUCAUCAGAGAAGUGGGUCAAGGACAUCGUCGGCAAAGGCGAAGAGGGCUAG